UGAUAUUAAACCCAUUACCAGCAUCAGUUUAUCAACGAUUGCCAUUAAAAACAUUUAAUUUCUAAUCCUUUACCAAAACUAUGAAAAUGAUCGUGACUCUCUUCGUUGUCUUUGCUUUUGCUUCUUCAGCUUUUGGUUUCUCUUGUCCAGUUCCUGAGACUACUCCUGGUGCCGAUAUUGACAAAAUUGCGGGUCAAUGGUAUCAAAUUAAUGGAACAACUUUAACAUCAAAUGAUACGUACAUUUUCACUCCUCGAGAAGAAGUAGACUUUGAAAUUGAAAUUACAAAGCAUACUGGUGAAAAGUUUAGCGCGAUUUGGUACGGCAGACGAACUGAUAAUCAAAAUUUACUGAACAUCUAUUUUGAUGUGGCAAAAGAGGCUCCAGUUUACCUUUCCUUAAAUGUAGUUGCUACUGAUUACGAUAACUAUCUGGCUGGUUAUCUAUGUUGGCUUUUUCAAACUGAAUUUUUCUUCGGUAAAUUAAUUUUAUCCAGGACUAACAUCUUGGAUGCUGACAAGUAUGACGAGUUGGACGCUUUGUUGACUGAUAAAGUUGGCAAUAGUAUUGUACCAAGUAUUCAAAAAGACUAACUAUUGUUUAAUCUCUCAGUGAUGACAUUUACUUUGAAAAAUUGAAUUUCCCUGUAAUGGUUGAUAAAUCUAAAAAAAAAAUUUAAAUAAAUAAAUAGAAAUUUUUCAUUGCAUAGUCGAAAACUGUUUUAUCAUUAUAUGAUGACCGUUUUGUAUUUUCAGCAUCUUUUUGUAUUCAUGCGAAAAUUUAAAGCUUAGGCAUAAGAAUCACUCGUCUAUUAAGCCAUGCAUCUUCUAAGAAGCAACAAUAAAAUGAAAUAACCAGCCAGUAAUAACAGGAAUAGAUACCGAAGCCAGCCAGGUGAUGGCUGACAACGGAAAACAUUGACUAACCGAAAGCUAGCUUUUAGUUAGUUACACUUGGUGGUCAUUGGCUACACUUGCUGGAGUUGAUACAAUUAUCCGAGCUAAAUGCGAACAAGAUUUUACCGUUAAAAAAAUCGAUAAGUUGGACGUUGACAAUCUAAUCAAUAAAAACAGAGGCAAAUGAUAUUUUUUAAUUCAUUGAAUGUGGUUCUUGAUUUUAUCAAGUCAAUUGUUACAGAGGAAAAUAAAUGCUAUAACUUUCAUUUCAAGGGUGAGGAUAAAAAGUUGACUGGAUACAUGAUGAUGGGGCCAGAUGAAAACCUGAUUCCACCAUGGUAUAUGGAUGUUCAACUUUCGAGCAAAUCUCUAUAACUAUUCAUUUGGACAUACAUUGGUAUAUUUCACCUUAAGCUAAUAUCAAAUAUCUUUUGAAUUUAUAACAAAUUUAAUCAAAAUUCUUUAAGUAAUUACGUUGAUUACUGAAGUAAAAUUAUAGCGUCGUUUGUUAGCCAGUUUAUUGAAAAUAUUGAGUUACCCAAAAAAAUUGGUACAAUCUUUGUCCUCCUAAAUACCUUUUGCUAAUCAACGCAAAGUGAAUUAAAAUAUCCUUUUCUGUCCAAAUCAAGAAUUAUAGAAUCUAACUUUAAAUUUACUGAAGAUAGACAGCGAAAUAGACUGAACUGGGAAAGAGGGUGAUAAAUUGAAUCAUUUCUCUUUCAUAUUUUCAACACUUCAGUUUUCGGAUAUUAAACUUCAUUUGAUAUAAUGGGAAAUCCAAGUUUCCAAUUUACGAAUAGAAAUUUAUUGCUCAUUAGCUAAGGAUCAAGUGAUUCAUUUGUAAGAUCGCAUGCAUUUACUUUAAAAAAUUUCAUUUCCAAUUAGCUGAAUUAAUCAAACUUUAAUGUUCAAGACUAUCAAGUUAGAGAUGUGCUCAAUUUGUCCUACCCAUUGUAUAAAAUAGUAAGAUGUGAGUAAACAAAACAUUUACAUCUGUUAUUACAAUGACUGAUUAUUUAAUUUUUAUUGGUGCUUCUUGCAAGAUAUACAAUAUGACCGACAAUAUGUAUGACUGAAUCGACGAGUGUACCGGGCGUUUUUUUCUCAUUUUACGCCUUCAUGCAAGCAUAACUCACGAACGGUUAGUGCUACAGACUUCAGAUUUAAAACAUAAGCUUAUCUAGAUUGCACAACGAUAAGUUCAAGUGCUCAAGGUUAUUCA